UUUGACAGUGUUGACCAGUGGUGCAGCAGUACGCGAAGCAAAGACGGAUCCGAAUCUGUCCGGUUGUCUUUUUCCCUUCUCGCCAGUUGUGCCGUGUCAUCAAUCAGAUCUUUUUUUUGUUAUUCUGAGUGGAUCGUUCCGAGGUCACCAUUCAAAUUCCCAUCGAUCACGAUCGUGCCGGCAAAAGUAAAUACGUAACAUCGUUCCACCUUUCGCGAAGGGACUCAACGAGGGGGUGGAAAUCCGCCCGGGAAAAUAGUACAGGAUGGGUCUCCUCUACAAAAUCCGCAUCCGGAUCGUCAACUUUGUGGUGUUCUUCUUCCUGGUCGUGCUGCUGCCGGGACUGCCACCGAAGACCACAUUCCCCUUCGAAGGGUUCAGCAUACCGCCACCGAAGGAGUUAAAGGGAGGAUUGGAGCCGAACAACUACCUGGACAACGCGGAAAAGCUGUUCGAGGGUAAGCUGUACGGCCCGGAGGCGAUUCUGAUACGGGGUAAGGAAAUUUACACCACCAUUCACGGUGGCGAGGUGAUCCGCAUCGUUGGCCAGCACAUCACACACGUAGCCAAGUUUGGCAAACCCUGCGAAUCCACCGCCGAAGAGGAUGUCUGCGGUCGUCCGCUGGGAUUGGCCUUUGACACGCAAGGAUACAACCUGAUCGUUGCCGAUGCGUACUACGGUAUCUGGCUGGUCGAUCUUAGUAAUGGGGACAAAUUCCAGCUAGUUUCCAGGGAUACGAUUCUGCCAGGAAAGGGAGUCAACAGGAAGCCCCGUCUGUUCAAUAGCGUUGCGGUUGCCAAGAAUGGCGACAUUUACUGGACUGAGUCUUCGUCCGAUUUUGAACUGCUAGAUGGAGUUUUCAGUAUUUUCGCAAAUCCGUCCGGUCGAUUGUUCCACUACAAUAGGGAAACGAAGGAGAACACCGUUCUGUUGGAUCGUCUGUACUUCGCUAAUGGGUUGGCUCUCAGUCCGAAUGAAGAGUUCGUAGUGGUAGCGGAAACCAUGUCUUCCUUGAUCCACCGGUAUUACUUGAAGGGCCCGAAGGCCGGUACUGACGAUAUCUUCGUUGACGGAUUGCCUGGACUACCGGAUAACCUUAUUGCGAACGAGGAUGGCCUCUGGGCUCCACUGGUCAUGGCCGCCGAUGAGGAGAAUCCUUCGCUUUCCCGCCUGUUGUCUCGAGUUCCGUUGAUUCGUAAGUUCUGCUCCCGAAUGUUGGCUGUCGCCGAGAUGCCGUUCCGUAUCCUGCACCAGGUGUGGCCUACCAGUCACAGUCUACGUCUUCUGCACGCCAUUGGCCAUUUCGAAACCAUGAAAUUUAUGGUGGCAGAUCGUGUGACUUUGGUCCGGUUGGACUGGAACGGAAACAUCGUCGGAUCGCUGCAUGGGUUCGACAAGUCGGUGUCCUCGGUAUCGCACGUUGCCGAGAUGGGAGACUACCUGAUUCUGGGAUCUCCGUUCAACAAGUAUCUGGCUCGAGUACCGAUUCCAAAGGUCCCGAAGAUGCGCGUCCAGAAUGUGCGCUACGAACCGGCUGGAGAGGCUCCCGUUAAGAAACCGGAAGCUACGACCACAACUACGGCCAAGCCAACCACCACUACUACCACCACGACGACGACAACUCCAAAACCAACCACCACGACCACAACUACCAAGAAACCAGUGACUACAACUACUACCACAACCCCCAAACCAACAACCACUACAACAACCACACCGAAGCCAACCACCGCAAAGCCGGUGACGACUACUACCCCUAAGCCCACAACUACGGAAAAACCUGCACCGAAACCUACAACCACCACCACCACUACGGCUGCUCCACCCAAGAAACAGGAAGCGCCAAAGCCGGCCACCGAGAAGCCUGCUCCUGCUACGGAGAAGCCGACUCCGGUCACGGAAAAACCCACUCCCGCCAAGGAAGCUCCCGCCAAAAUGAAGGACAAGAAGGAGAAGGCCACUCCCACCACUGCGCCAGCGCCGGAGCGAACCGUAGAACCUGCUCCCAUCCACGAGAAGAUCCCCAACGAUACCCCCAAGCCAAAGCAGGAGAAGCUCAAGGUGAUCAAGAAGGGCGGCGAGCAAGGUGAGCUCUAAACGGGGCAAAGCCGAACCCACCAGUAGACGCGUAACAAAUUCGAGAGAUGGGUGAGUUUCCGAAAGAAAACGCACAAUCAUUCUUUUGCGUAAGUUAAAGCUUUUUUUUGGAUUUCGGUUGAGGUGUUAAAGGCAAAAAACCGUUGAAACUUGCAAUCGAAAGCGGCAGCUAGAGCUCCUCUUACAUUACCACACAACAUUCUACUUCACAUUCGAUGGUCGUCGUUGUACACUUUGUAGUGUGCGACGCGACGAAAGGUCUCUCUGACCCUUCCAAUUUGUUUUGUCGACUAAAAACUUAUUAAUUUAUUAACUACAUUUAUUGUUGCGUACUCAUGUGACCCUUUCAACUGUUUCCUCCUUUUAUCGCUGUUAGUUUUUAUCCCCCGAUUCAAAAUCAUUCAAAUCGUACAGUCCAUUGUUCUGUUAGAUGUUAAAAAAGUUUAGGCCAUUGGGAAUAUCGGUGACAGCGCUAUUGCGUAUCAUGAAUUAGUGACGUAAGUUCGGUUAGGAAUUAUGCUCUAAGUAAAACCGUCUUUCCGUGCAAUGCAUUUUGAUGUUUUCAUUUUUCCACACUCGUAGAAAUAAAUUAAAGGAAAGCGAUGCUCCUAACGUGGAAAAUUACGAGUGGCACACUAAGGAAGUUCCAACUAACUGAUAGUUCUGCCCUAGGAUUAUAAGUAACUUACAGUGAUCGAGAUAGUAGAAUAAUGAAAACGAAAGGUUUGGAAAACAAAA